UUCAUCCGCAGCCACAGUGCAAAAUAGGUUUAUCAAUUUAAUUUAAGUGUUAAAGUAGUUGUAAAGUGUUUUUUAAAGUUGUGAAUGAAAACAGCGUCACAGGGGCCAGUAGCAACCGUAGUCAGCGUCGUUAAGCUUAUUAAUACACCCGAUAAUACGCUCCAAAUUGAGGAGCAGUAUUUGUUCUCAAUAAAUUGCGUUCGUGUUUGCCUUCUGCAGACGAGGAGCAAGUAAAGUACAAAAAUACAUUGCCCACGGCAACAGAAGCUGCACUCGCUCAUCCCGCUAGAAUCGCUCUCUUCGAAGGAAGCCCAGCCCCAACAUGCAGCACAAUGUGCACGCCGCCAGAUCAGCGCCCCACAUACGCGCCCAUCACCUCACGCACGGCCACACUCACAUGCAGAUGCAUCCCAGCUUGGAGCAGCAUCUGGCAGCCGCGGCAUCUAUGGCCGGUGCUCCCCAGAUGCAGGCACAACAGCAGCCGACUCCACACCGCGAUCAUCAUCAUCCACGCCUGAACCAUCACCAUCUUCACGCACAGCAGCAGCAGACGCCGUCGAAUCCUGCCGCCGUUGCCGUGGCGGCUGGACCUGCCUAUCACCACAACAGCAACAUCAGCAGCAGCAGCAGCAACAAUAACAACCAAAUGCAAAAGAUCCGGCAGCAGCAUCAGCAUCUCAGCAGCAGCAACGGACACGUGGGUAAAUGCAACCAGCCUCCGCCGCAGGCCUACAACCCUCUGGCUGGCAAUCCGGCCGCUCUCUCGUAUAAUCCGCUGCCGCCUCCUCCACCGCCGCACCACAUGGCCGCCCACAUCGGCGGCUAUGCAGCCCACCCGCCCCACUACUACCAAAUGAGUCAGCCCAAGCUGCCCUCCAAGUACAACAACAACAACACUGGCGGUCACUACAUCGCCAACAGCGGCACCAGCAACGGCUAUGCGCCUAAGGCCAUCCUUCAGACAACAUAUCGCAGUGCCAAAGUCGGACCACUCAUGGCCCCAGCAAUAGUCCCCGAGGCAGUGGCGGUAUCAGCAGCGGCAACAGCAGCAGCAGCGGAUCUUCCAGAGUGUGUGAACAACAGCAGCAUCCUACCGGGAGUCACGGAACCCACAUGUUUGGAGGAGUUGCCACAAUCGGAGCAGCCGCUUGGGGAGGCAAGCACAACGGAGACGGCGGCGCCACCAGUUAAUGAAUGCAGCAGCACAGAGCACAUCGAUGCGUCGGGCACGCUGUCCAACGAGGACAGCAGCUCGGGACGCAGUGGCAAGGAUAAGACGCCCAUGUGCCUGGUCAACGAGCUGGCCAGGUACAACAAGAUCACCCACCAGUACCGGCUGACGGGCGAACGGGGACCGGCCCACUGCAAGACCUUCACGGUCACCUUGAAGUUGGGCGACGAGGAGUACUCAGCGGAUGGGUUCAAGAUAAAGAAAGCCCAGCACAUGGCCGCCUCCAGGGCCAUAGAGGAGACCAAGUACAAACAUCCGCCUCCGAAGAUACGCCGCAGCGAAGAAACCAGCACCGUACGCACACACAUCACACCCACCGUGGAGCUAAAUGCGCUAGCCAUGAAGUUGGGACAGCGCACCUACUACCUGCUGGAUCCCACACAGAUGCAGCCCACCGAUCCGCUGAUGCCGCCGGAGUUCGGAGUAGGCUCCUUGCUGCCCACACCACCGCCAGGGAUGCAGCAGACAAUGCCUCAGCCCCUGCCGCCUCCCUUCGCCCUGCGUCCUGCACGACAUGGACACAGUUUUGUGCCCAUUCCUUCCCCGCCCAUGCAUCCACAUGGAUUUUAUGGUCCCCAGCGGUCUUUUGGGCCCAAAUAUGCGUCCAGAUAUACGAUGAUACCGUCGCUAGGCCCUCACAUGAUCCACGGGCCCAAUAUGCCCUACGCCCCAAUUCCACCCACGCCCAGCAAGAUCACCCUGUACGUGGGAAAGCAGAAGUUCGUUGGCAUCGGGCGCACGCUGCAGCAGGCCAAGCACGAUGCGGCGGCCAGGGCUUUGCAGGUGCUCAAGACGCAGGCAAGUUCGGCGUCAGAGGAGGCACUUGACGAUUCCAUGGAUGAGGGCGACAAAAAGUCGCCCAUCUCUCAGGUGCAUGAGAUCGGCAUCAAGCGCAACAUGACGGUUCACUUCAAGGUGCUGCGCGAGGAUGGACCGGCCCACAUGAAGAACUUCAUCACGGCCUGCGUCGUGGGUAGCAUUGUCACCGAGGGCGAGGGCAACGGCAAGAAGGUGUCCAAGAAGCGAUCGGCCGAGAAGAUGCUCACAGAACUGCAGAAGUUGCCGCCACUCACGCCCACCAAGCAGACGCCAGUAAGGCGCAUCAAGGUAAAAACACCCGGCAAAAAUGGGUCAGUGAAUGGCUCUGGCUCAACCAUUUCGUUAUCGGAGGUGGUGUCCAUGGCAAAGCCGGAGCGGCGAAAGCGUCUCAAUGUCGCCAUCAGACCUGUGGAGCUGGACGAUGCCGAGAAUCCCAUAACGAAGCUCAUCCAGCUGCAGCAGACGCGCAAGGAGAAGGAGCCCAUUUUCGAACUGAUAGCGAAGAAUGGCAACGAAGCCUCUAGGCGGCGCGAGUUUGUCAUGGAAGUAUCGGCCAAUGGAACCACAGCCCGCGGCACGGGCAACAGCAAGAAGCUGGCCAAGCGCAGUGCAGCACAGGCCCUGUUGGAAUUACUGGAAUCGGAUGAGCACAGGAACGGAGUCCAGGAGUCACAGGAAUCCAUGGAUAGCAAUGCAACAGAAAUAGCAACUGCCACAGCGACCACAGCGCCAGUAGUGGAAAGCCCUGCAGAAACGGAUAUUCCCAUGGUCUUAACGCCAGUGGGCCCAAUGCCCGGUAUCCUGAUUCUGCGUCAACACAAGAGACCACCUAAAAGGAAAGUGGACCCAAUGAUUAUUGUCAAGGACAGCGAAGACACCAAGGAAGAAGAGGAGGAGGAAGCCAACAAGGAGACAACGACCACAACGACAGACGACAACAGCAGCGAUCCACAGCCCAUGGAGGCAGCCCCAGAGAGUACGUUAAAUACAUCGACGGGCAGCAACACGAGUGGCGUGAGCAGCAAUAGCAGCAAUACUGCUGCCUGCAGUAGUGCAGCCGCAGCCGCAACCGUGCACAUGAAGGAGCAGCUCCUGUACCUAAGCAAAUUGUUUGAAUUUGAGGUUAAUUUCUCGGACUAUCCUAAGGGAAACCACAACGAGUUUCUCUCAAUUGUGACACUCUCGACGAACCCGCCGCAGAUCUGCCAUGGCGUUGGCAAGAGCUCCGACGAGUCUCAGAAUGAUGCUGCGCGCAAUGCCUUAAAAAUCCUCAGUAAACUGGGCCUCAACAAUGCCAAGAAGUAACUCUAAUCAAUUUAAAUUCAUUUUUAACUGCAAUUUUUGUUGUUGCACAUAUGCAAGGAGAGAAGCAAAAGCAAGAGCAAAAACGAAAGAAAUACCCGUCCACAAAGCAAACCUAAACAAAAUCCAAAAACCAAGCUGUGUGCAAAUUAAAAAAAAACACAAAAAAAAAAAAGAAAAAACGAGAAACAAUGCAAGAAACCCUACCUUUUGAAAUAGCAAAUUAUUAGUUAAUACCUAUUUAUUUAUUUAUGUGCAACUUGUGCAAGCCAACUGGUGUUAUUAUUUUAUUUAUUUGUUGUUGAGAAUUGAUGAAAGAAGCAAAGAACUGAAUGUAACGAAAUCGAACAGAAACACUGAGCAGACCAGAACGGAUAGUCGUCCAUGUCUAUCCUCCGAGUUGAGUUGAGAAUUGAACAAUAACUAGCCUUAAAGAGACCCGACCCCCCACUAAAUACUGUACGCACGUGCUUACAGUAUAUACACUUAAGAUUAAAGCUGAUGUUGAUGCCCAUUUACCACUUGAAUUGAAUUGAUGAACAACGGAUUAUAGAUACCCGUUCGCUGCAUGCGGCAGGCGCUUUCAAAAAUAAAUACAAAAUGAGAAAACUAGUAGGAUUUUCCUGGUGAGAGAGAGCCGCCACGGAGCCAAAUGAGGGAGAAGUUUUGAUUUAUUUUUCGAAGCACACCAUCUACGUACCGCUUGUGGUCACAUGCUUGAUGAAACUCGUCGAAUAAUGAAUCUAUUAUACAUUAUACAUAUAUCAUAGCUAAGAAUUAGUCCUAAGCAUCUAUAAAUGGAGCGUCACAUCCCCCAUGCAUGUCAACAAUGUUAACAAAUUUCAGGCAAACAUUUCAACUUGCCAAAUGCCAAAUCGAACGGAAUUGAGAGAUUUUGCAAAUUGAAUGCUAGUUUGUUGAAAUUUGUAGCUGGCAGCGCAUGAGAUUGACAGGAUGGACUUUUUGCGUUCAAACUUAUCAAAUAAAAUACAAUUUACAUAAUCGUUAUAAUUAUAAUUAAAAAUGUUUAAAUGGCCAUUUUUGUAAAUGUUCAGUUUUUGUUACAUACGCGUAUCUGUGCGAACCAAAAGCUGAACAUCUUUAUGAAUAAUGAAUAGUGUUUGUUAGCCUCAUAUAUGUUUUUGCCCCCCCUACCACUUAUUCUUUGCUUAUCUUUGUAUCCGUUUUUACGUAGCUAUACCACUUUCUCUUUACAUAAAUGCCCCACCACAUAGUUGGAAAUUCUGACAACCAUAGUUUUAAAUGCUAUCGUCCGUUGUGCCCUUGUCCCAUAUCCUUGUAACGUAAACAGCACCGGAUUAUUAAGCGUUAAGUUGCAUUAUGUAAAAUGUAUUUUGUGUAAGCAACCGCGAACCUAACAUAAGCGUAUGCGAACUGUAACCGUGUGAAAGGAAGCGUCGAACCCAGUAUUAAAUGUAUAGAUAAACGAUCAGCACACACUAUUAGACAGCAAGAGACAUUGUGCUUCUCCAUAAAAACACACACACAAAUUGUUCAUUUUGUUGGAAGACUUUGCAAAAUAAACAUCACAUAUGAAUCAGCUUUGCAAAGUCUUCCACAAAAUUGAUUAGAAUUAUUAACUUUAAAGUGAGGUACAUAUAUUAUAUUCAACACCAACAACAACGAGUAUAGAACUGUUCAUUAACACCAAAUAAAGUAAUCGAAUGCGAAUAUGGAGAGAAUACACAUUUAUUAGUCUUAAGCAUGCACCACACUCCCCCCACCCCAUCACCACCCUCCCCGCUCCCACUCUGACAGAGCAAAUUGUUAGUCUUGUCUUAUAUUUGUAACGUGAGCGUACUUCUACAUACAACCAUGUUAUAGCAUACAAACAACAAUGAAACUAUGUAAAUGUAAUUACUUUAAUAAACAUUGAAAUAAAGGUGGAACAUACUGUUUGAUGAAGCAAAUGGAAUCCAU